AACACUGCACAUGAGCAGGAGGACCGCUCCAUGGAGAGAGUGAGAGAGAGAGAGGAGGUAUAGGAACUGCCAGCGCUCAGUAUGCCAAAGAGAGGCAUUCUGCCCAAGGAGAGUCACGUGCUCCGUAUCGCUCGGUCGUACUAGCGAACUGAGUUCCCAGACUGUUUCAGUUUCGAAGAAACUUCACCCGGUGCUGUUUCGUUUCCUAUGCAGUUAAUGCAGUCAAUGACGCGUCCCCGUUGCCGCUAGCUACCCGUUGAAAAAUGGUAAUCAAUUAGUGAUUUUUGGGGGGCUGUUUUGUUGACAGAAAAUGCGGUGCAGUUGUAUGAAUUGUUUUGAAAUGAACGUACUGUUAUGAAUAAUGAUGUUGAAAACUGAAAGGUUGAAAGGCUGUUUCUUAGUUGAUUCUCGGAAGCUGGUGAAUAUUACUGCAGACGUCGUUUAACGAAGGCUGCACUCACCGCUGGAAGUAGUUGGAGACAUCGCCGGAAGGACAGUCGACGUCGAACUUCUUCGGAGCGCUACUCCGGGAAGCUCCUACUCCUGGAAGGUUAACUCCAGUAAGCUCAACCUUCCAGGACCUUCCCACAGUAGGAGAAGAAGCAACAGUCAGAGGCUCCUACUCCAGGAAGCUCAACCUUCCAGGACCUUCCCACAGCAAGAGAAGAAGCAACAGUCAGAGGCUCCUACUCCAGGAAGCUCAACCUUCCAGGACCUUCCCACAGCAGCAGAAGAAGCAACAGUCAGCGGUAGCUAUAUUGCCAGUCUUGUGGGACUCGCAUUGGAAUGAAAGUGGAUGGUCGCGGGAGUCUCAUUCCGACCCGAUUCCAGACAUCUCUCUGGAGUCUAGAUUCCACCUCGUGACGCCUUCAUUCAGUCCUCUUGUAGGAAGAGAGAGAGAGAGAGAGAGAGAGAGAGAGAGCGAGAGAGAGAAGACUCUCUUUCCCUGGGUUCAGUCUUUUGUAUCAAGUGUUUUUUUUUUUUGCUUGUGGUUACUGGUGCUUUUCCCUCUGUCAGUUAAUACGUAAUGCAACAGCCUUUUGUUUACUCUCUUUUGUUUUAAUAAGUGAAACUAAAUAUUUAGACUAACAGUGUUCCUUGUUCAUAUUUGUGAAAACAGACAUAAAAUCUCGUAUAUUAUGAGUGUCACUACCUGAUAAUUAACACUUUAUUAAUCUAAAAGUUACGAUUCUACAAUUUUUUAAAGCAUAAUUACAAAAACUGUAACUGUUUUUGUGAUUAGUAUACAUCUGCUAUAUUGUAACAACUAUCGACGGAAUUUUCUACAAUUAAUAUCAAAACUCCACUUGGCAGAUUAGUAGCUGACGUUUGUAUAUUGUAUUCGCCUCGAAAAUACUUUAUGAGUUAAUGAAAAACAAAGAAAACCAUUUCAUAUUAAGCAGAAGAAGACAAAAUGACCCUGAACAUUGGAAAAGGAUAUGGGAAUAUGUCGAUAUUAGGAACUAUUGAAAAACGGAGAGGAAUGGCGCCUAAGAAAAGCUGAGCGGGGAGAUGCGCAGUUCUUAAAAAAAAAGAUAUAAGACUUUCUGAUUUCUUAUUAAAAUAAGGAAGAUUUGUAUUUCACGCCAUGGCUGAUGUUUAUCUACGAGCGUUAGCUUUCUUCGUUUUGGGUCACGUGAUCCUGGGCGUGGCUGCGGGCACGGGUCUCUACAUGGGCCCCUACUUCCCUACCCCGCAAAUGAGAAACAUCACAGUUCAUCAAAACGCCGUGGCAUAUCUGCCCUGCGCUGUCAAACAGCUGGGGGACAAAUCGGUAUCCUGGGUCCGUCAGCGAGACGCGGACAUCUUGACGGUCGACCGUUACACAUUCGUCAGGGACGAACGUCUGACGGUCCACUACACGCCCAACACGGAGACCUGGACCCUGGUCAUCAAGUACGUUCAAGAGAGAGACGCGGGAACGUACGAGUGUCAGAUUUCCACGGAGCCCAAGAUGUCGAUGUGGGUUCAUCUGAACGUCAUUGUACCUCAAGUCGAAAUCGUCGGCGAAGUCGACAAAUACGUCCGCAAGGGCUCCACCACCCGCCUGGAGUGCACAGUCAGCUCCACAGUCCAGCUUCCAGACUACAUCUUCUGGUACCACUCGGGAGAGAGACUCUUGGAAUACGACAACCCGAGGGUGAAAUUCUCAGUGUCCAGGAGAGGAGGGCAGGGCAGCGAGAUGAGCAUCACUUCCCUCCUGAUCAUCAGCAACACACAGCCAGAGGACGAGGGGAAUUACACCUGCCUCCCCUCGAAUCUGCAUUCCGCCACGACGAACCUUCACGUGCUCAAUGACGAGCACCCAGCAGCCAUGCAGACGGGAGCAGCCAUGUUGACAGACCCACCCUCUACCUGGGGCAUGAUGAUGGUGGUUCUGAUCGCUUUCAUCUUCGUCCAGGCGCACCAGAAUUUCAACCUAUCAAGCAGUACUACUCCACCCCAGGGCAUCGUUCUCGCGAGAAAGGCGGCGACGACGACACCAGCAGGUAGUAGUAGUACCCUUCAACAGCGCGUCAAAGGCGUCCCCACCUGCCGCGCCACUUCUGACUCGGAGGAAGACGGAGCUGGAAAAGAAAUGGAUUCUUUUAGUCUACGGAGCAAAGAUGACGCGUUCCAGGCUGGAAUGACGAUGUCUGCUUUCCGUUUAAGAGUAUUACCUACGACUUGCACCCCAAUACAUAGAGAGGGAAGCAAGAACAGGAAAAAACUGACUGAAACGGACCUUGGUCUCCGCCUCCAGAGCUCUGUGCUAUCCAGUCCCUCCGCCAAAAUCUUUAUUAACCCCUUGCCAAUGAGUUGCGCCACGGAAGCUCGCCAACAAACAACCCUGGUCUCCCUUAUAACAGAGAGGAAUUACUUUACUGACCUUGAAGAGCAGAAGGGUUUUGCCUCUGGCGGCCACUUCUGUAACCCAGGACAUCCAUCCAAUACUAGAAUUUCAGCCAGUUCUCCUUUCUAGACGAUUUUACGUUCACUAACGUGUUCCUGAUACCGAGGUGUAUAAAAUCAUGAGUAAUUAAAAUACAUCCAUAGGAAUUUUUUAAAAAAUAUCCGAGAUAUCUUUAUGUAUGUGUGUGUGUACUUAAGAAUGUGUGUAUAUUUGUAUGUAUGUUCAUAAAUGUCAUGAAGCGUUAUCUUCGGCUGGGGGUGUUAGGGAGAAAAUGAUUUACCUGUCGUAUUUUGUAAUAAAAAUCUCUUUUGGAAAAACACAUACCAAUCACUUUUGAAGUUUUGCUUCACCAUUACAGGGCUAAUGAAACAAAGGCAAAUAUUUUAAAAUACAGUUUCAUUCUAGUAUCAUCCCAUUCAAUUUGUAUGAAUCUACAUGUAAAGAAUACUGAAGGACGAAGAACAGUUCUUAUUCUGAUGUUGAAUUCUCCAAAAUAUUAAUGCAUCUACUUUUUCUUUCAACAUUUUAAAAAAGGGACAAUGUUUUGUGGGUCAGGAAAAUGACUGAAGUAUUUUCUGAGGUCACGAGAAAGCAUUUUAGAAUAUUAUUUGCAUCUCCGUACCUUAAACAGUUGCAGGAAUAUUACUCUUAAUCUUUUUAAAAAGAAGAGAAGAGUUGCAGAAAAAAACAUAUAUGUAUUGAUAUAUUAUUAUAUGUCUUAUGUACAGCCAUAGAUAUAACCAUACUCAAUACUUCUGAUUAGCAUAUAUGUAUAUAUGUAUCGGUUCAAAGUGAUCCAGUUAUAUAUGUAUGUUUUGGGUGACUUACCUCUGAACAUAUUUAUUUCAUGGUCAUGACGGUUGUGUUCAAGGUUAAAACUACUGAGUUCCGUAAUAAUGUUGUCGUUAUAUGUUAAAAAAAACUGAUAUUGACUCAACAGAUAUGAAUAAAAUACUAUGAGAGGGAAAUAUUUUGUAUUGAAUGUUUAAUGGAAUGGACGAAGGUUGUGUGAAUUGCUCAGAAAUAAAAUAUACAUUUU